CAGCACCAUUUUUUUUAAUAUUAUUAAAAAAUCCCAUUCAAAAGAAAUGUUACUCCGCUCGUUACAUGAGAUAAUAAAUCAUCCCAAUUCCCAAAUACUAGUAGAGUAGUAUAAAAAUACUGACCCACUGAGCUCGUUUCCACCCAACACACAGUCGUGAAUAAUUAAUCAAUCAUGCCCGGCCACACUGAAUACUUCAACCCCCCUCUCCGCCGCGUGUCGGUGGGCAACAGCGACGAAUUCCGUCAGCCGGACACCGUGAAGGCGGCUCUGGCGGAGUUCAUCAGCACCCUCAUCUUCGUCUUCGCCGGCUCCGGCUCCACCAUGGCCUACAACAAGAUCACUGCUUCUAGUCCCGCCACCCCCGCCGGCCUAGUGGCCGCCUCCAUCGCCUACGGCUUCGCCCUCUUCGUCGCGGUCUCCGUCUCCGCCAACAUCUCCGGCGGCCACGUCAACCCCGCCGUUACUUUCGGCUUGUUUGUCGGCGGAAACAUCACUCUCUUCCGCGGCCUACUAUACAUCAUCGCACAGCUCCUCGGCUCCGUUGCUGCUUGCUUCCUCCUCAUUUUCACUACUGGUGGACUGGAAACGCCGGCGUUCACCGUGUCGGCCGGAGUUUCGGUGUGGGCCGGCCUAGUAUUUGAGAUCGUUAUGACUUUCGGACUGGUUUACACUGUGUACGCCACCGCCGUUGAUCCCAAUAAGGGCCAAUUGGGGACCAUUGCUCCCAUCGCAAUUGGUUUCAUUGUAGCGGCAAACAUUCUCGCCGGUGGCGCCUUCACCGGCGCCUCCAUGAACCCGGCCGUGUCUUUUGGGCCGGCUCUGGCCAGCUUCAACUGGACCAACCACUGGGUUUUCUGGGCCGGGCCGCUUAUCGGCGCCGCCAUCGCUGGAAUUGUUUAUGAGGCUUUCUUCAUCAGCCACUCCGGCCAUGAGCGGUUGCCAGGCGGCGAUUACUGAUUCGAUAAAUGAACUUUCUUCACGUGAGAUGGUUGGACGAAAUAUCUCUAUCUACUUCUUCUCGGUCUUCUUUUGUUCCUUUUUUUUAAAAUUUAAAUUCAGUUUGGUAUAUUAUGCCUAUCGUGUCUAAAAUUCCUGUAUUUUAAAAUGUACUGUGUCUAUUUUGCUUGGAAUAUCCCGUAAUUUUGUCACAGAAUAAUUUUGGUUGGAGUAAUUUUAUCAUGGUUUUGUAA